UCUUUAUAUAUAAAGCAGUUUGAAAUGCUCUAGUUUGAAGAGAUUCGAGGCGAAGUGACAUUAUUUGUGUGUGUGUGUGUGUGUUUCAAGACAGUGGCAUCAAGAUGAAAUCUCAAUUGAGUAGCUUCUUGAAGGUGUUUGAUAUCAAGUAUCCGGUCAUCCAGUCGCCAAUGGCUGGUGCUUCGACAGUGGGUUUAGCAACUUCUAUAACAAGACUAGGGGGAAUUGGUUCCUUGGCGAUGGGAUCCUUGAGUCAGUCACCUGAGAAGAUCCGAUUACAAGUUGAGAGUUUCCAGGAGAGGUUACCUUUGGAGAAAGCAACGCUGAUGAACCUGAACUUUUUCACACAUGAGGAGCCAAUCAUUGACGAAUCAAAGAUCCAGGAGUGGUGUGGUAAAUAUCAAACGAUAUAUUCAUGUGGUAAUAUCCCCUAUGAUAACGACAAGAAACACCUGGAACUGCUGUAUCCAAGCUUCAAGUCUAUAAAGGAUCCAGCACAUCCUACCGUUGAAGUGUUGAUAAAGCUGAAACCAAAGAUUGUGAGCUUCCACUUUGGAUUACCACAGCAAUCCAUUCAGCAGGCUCUACAAGGAUCUGGGAUCAAAGUCUUUGUCACAGCGACCAAUCUUGAGGAGUUCAAACAAUGCCUUGAAGCUGAAGUGGAUGGUGUUGUGCUCCAGGGAUGGGAGGCUGGUGGACAUCGUGGUAGCUUCAUUGCUAAUGACGUCGACGAUGAACAGUUGUCAACUAUGGAACUAGUCAAGACAGUUGUAGGAUACGUCGAUUCUCAGCCAUUGAAAGCAGUCCCCUUUAUCAUCGCAGCAGGUGGUGUAUAUGACUCUUCAACAGUGAAACAACUACUCGAGCUGAACAUUGCCGGUGUUCAAGUUGGAACAGUGUUCUUACCAACAGACCAGUGCACCAUCUCAUCAGAGCACUUGAAGAAGUUUCAAACACCACAGGACGAGACAUUAAUGACAGCAUCAAUAUCUGGGCGUAACUUGAGAACCAUAAAGACGCCAUUCCUCGAGCAAUUACACAUUACUUCACAACUGGACGCAAUACCUGAUUACCCACUACCUUACGAUUCGUUCAAGAGACUCGUUGCUGAUGCCAAAUAUAUAGGCGAGAGCGUCAAAUACUCUGCUUAUCUAAGUGGCUCGAACUACGACAAGAGCUGGAAGGGAACAAGAUCUGUCGAAGAGGUGUUUGCAUCGCUGACAGAUUCCACUACAUAGUGGAGUUACCUCAAUGCCACUGGCGCCAUGCUGGCACGCAGAGGAAUCCAAUUGCUUGCUUCAUUAGCUGACGACGCCAUGUACCACAACUGUUAUCACAGACUUCAACAUCAUACAGUUAACAGGUAAUGCCGUUCAUGAGAAUGUGCCAUUUUGAGCCCCUUAGAAUGUCCAGGAGACGGCAAAAAGGUGGCCAUUUCUUUAGAGGAGCAUGAACGCACUCCUUGUGUGUGUGUCUUAUUGAGAUGCGACAAGACACUUGAUGAUGGGCUCUUCGGGGGUCAGCUUAAUGUUUCCAGUUAUAUCGACGUCACAAUAUAUCUUUCACUAACAGUAGGAUGUAUAGUGGUUCUUUUGCACGGUGUGGUUAGUAGAAUAGUUGACAUGAUAGUGACAAUAAGAUGAUUCUUAAU